AUGCUCAGUCCUCAAAGUACGAAAGACGUAGGUUUGCACGGAGCUUUGGACGUCGAUCAAGCCAUUUUGCAGGGCAUGAACCUUCUCCAAGAAAUCGGGGACCACUCGCAACCCCUCGCUUUCCGACCUAGCGACACGUUCACCUUGUUUGCAGCCAAUGCGACCAAUGGAUUUGGACUUCCUCCGCGGUCGGAUGACCACCCAAUUGGCGAUUUUGCAAUGUCUGGUGAGAGCCUCUUGGAGAUCGAGAAUAUGUUCUACAGUACUGGUUGGGCAAACUUGAUGGAGGUUUAA